UUCAAGUGAUCUUUUUUAAUUAAUUUUUAUAAAUUAGUGUUUUUUUUUUUUAAUUUUAUUAAAAUAUACCGUAUUGUUUAAUAAAUUGUUUUCUAUGUAAUUUACGUUUUAUAAAAUAUUUCAUAAUGAAAUUUCGUGGUAAAAUUAUUGAUCCCAAUUGUAUGAAACAAUUUUACAGUAAGUAAAAAAUAUAACUUAUAUAUAGGUAGUUCUAUAUUUUUAAUGUAGGUAAUAAUUUUUACAUACUUUUUUGUUAUAUUAUUUUUAAAUUUAGGUAUUGUCAUUAUUUUAUCUAAGUUAUGCAAAAGUGUAGUUUUAAGAUUGAGUUCUACUAAAUUAUACUUAAUUGCCUUAAAUGAAUCGAAUAACAAUCAAAUCAGUGUUUGGUCUGUGUUAGACCAACAGUCGUUUUUUAAAGAAUAUAACAUUAUUGGUGAGACGGAAUCCAAUGAAAUUUUUUUCAGUUUACCAAUUGGUAUGUAUUAUUGUAAAAUGUUUAAUUAUAAAAAUUUAAUGGACAAAAUGUGUUUUUUUUCAGAUAUGUUUGCAUCUUCACUGAGCUCUGCAAAACAAUCAAAUUUAAAAACACUGAAGAUGAAAUUGACUGAUAAAUUAUCACCAUGUUUAACCAUUGAAUUAGAACUCGUAAAAUAAUUAUGAACAUACAUUUUAUAUUAUGUAUUAUAUAAUUUUUUUUUCCAGGAAUCUCAAGUAUCUAGUAAACAGUUGUGUGUUCAUGAUAUUCCAGUUAGUGUUAUAUUACCAAAAGACUGGUCAGAGUAUAAUGAGCCAUCAAUACCUUCUCAUAAUGUAACAAUAUGUUAAUAUGUUAAGUUUUUAAUAUAGUUAUUAAAUAUUUUAUGUAUAAAAUUAAAUAAUAUAGUUUUACAAUUUCAAGGGGUUCAAAAAAUUAUUUCUAUAAACUACAAACAUAUUUUUCCAUUUUGCGGUGGGAUUUGAAUAAUAGACUACAUUAUAACAGCGUCACAGCGUAACCUCACGACUGUAAAAACCAAAUUAAUAUAUAAAUAACAGCUGUGUAAUCAAUGGGGACUGGAUAUAUAUUUAAAAAGAAAUGAGAAUUAUUUAUAGAUUUCAAAUGUUCGCAUGUUUGUCUGUUUCCGUAGGUCUAUAUGCUCAAUUGUUAGAGUUAGACUUUAGUUAAAUACACUAUUAGAUUCAGUGAUUAAUAAUAUAAUAUACUUUUUUUUCACUGAAUUUUAACCCCUAAAAAUACUACUGCUCUUAUAAUAUGAAAAUCUAAUAUAAUUUUUUUUCGGUUUCUAUUUAUUACAUGGGUGUUAUAGCUAAUUAGCUAAUAUUGUUAUACUUAUUUAUAUUAAUAAAAAUAAAAACUAUUGUGUAUAUUUUAUUUUAGAUUAGUGUUGUUAUGCCUUCAAUACGAAUAGUACGACAUAUUGUUGACAAAAUGAAACGUAUUUGUCCGAAACUAAUAGUAACAUUGGGCUCUACGGGGAAAAUGGUUUUAGGAGUAUCAAAUUUUUCAGCUACCGUAGACACUCAUUUUACUGGUCUUGAAAUAAUUGGUUUACAAAAUACAACAGGUUAGUUAUUUUGUUUGAAAUUAUCGUUAUCACAAUAUAAAUGUACACAUAUUAUUACUAUUUUAGAAGUUUUUCGUUUUAAGUAUUACAUUCCACAAACAAAUGACAGUAUAUUUAUUAUAUUUUCCUUUUAUAAGCACAGAUAUAGGCAAUUCAUAUUUUUUUUAAAUAUAAAUUUAAAAAUUUAUCAGUUUAGUCAAUUUAGGUAAAAUGAAGUAUAAUUACUUGAUAGGUUGAUUGAUUGACUUUUGCGAUUAUUUAUUAUUCACUUUGAUAUUUGAUAAUAAACAAUAUAAUAUUUAGAUGGUUUAGAGACCAGAUUUAUAUUCUUUCAUAAUCCACAAAAAGUUACUUUAAAACACCAAAAAAGCACUAAAAGACAUUUAAAAAGUAAAAAUGAUAAAGGGUUUUUAAGUCCCCCUCUAAUGGCUCUAAAUUAUUAAAUUAAAUUUCAUUAUACUAUAAAAAUGAUUUACACAAAUUACUUUUUAUUAACCCUUUUUUGGUGUUAAAAAAUGUAUUUUUGUAAAAAUAAAUUAAAUUCGUUAGAGGGGAAACUAUUAAAGCCCUCUAUUAUUUUUUUUGCUUUUAUACAUUUUUUUUUGGUGGAUUUUAAGAAUAUAUUAAUCUGGUUUCUAAUCAUACCAAAUGGGUUAUAUAGGAUACUAUCAGGCAUAGAUACUAUUUUUGCAUUAAGAAAUUAUUAAAUAUGACCCCUCUAUAAACAUUCUUCGAGUAUCAACCUACCUAUUUAAGAAAUCUCAAAACUACAAAACGUAAUUUAAGGAAAUAGGAAUAGUAAAACGUGUAUAAAUCAAGAACCCACCAGGAAAUUCCCGAUACCCUGGCGACCCAGUAUGCACCUGGACACUAUUUUUAAGUUAGAUUAUUGAUCUCCAUUAUUAUUUUAGUUUUAAUUAAAUACAAAUAACAAAAACAUGUAUACAUUUUAUUGUCAUGUAUAUUAAUUAUUUAUUUAAUAAUUUUUUACAGAUGAUGAAAAAAAUUAUUCUACAACCGUUGAUAUCAAAAAAUUUUCACAAUUUUUAAAUUGUGAGACAUUAAAUUUGUCCAAAAUAUUAUGCCAUGUAGUGGAAGACCUGCUUUUACAUUGUUCAAUAGAAGAAGAUGAAUAUGUAUUACAUUAUUUUUUAAGUGGAAUUGAGGAUUAAAAUUUGUUAACUUACAACUGAACUAUAUUUAAUGUCUCUUAUUGUAUAUUUAUAAAUUAUUAAGUUUUUUAAUUUUAAAAAUUAAAAUAUAUGUAUCAUAUAGAUACAGAUUUAUCAUUCCAAAAAUGUAUUAUCUAGUGUGUAUUACAGUAUAAUUUAAAACCAUAAAAUAUUAUUUAUAAUAGGUUUAUUUUACUAUUUUUUUUUUUUUUAAGAUUAAACAUAUAAACAAAAUAUAAUAUGGGGUGAUCAGUCUAUCAUAAUACACUCAUUACCUCAGAAAUUAUUUACUUUUUCGAAAUGUGUUUUAAUGAACAUUUAAGAAAUAAGCUGUUCUAAAAAUUAACAUUUACAUUAUUUUUUGUCACCUUAAUUUUCGGGAGUAAAACAACUACUUACUUUUGAUUCUCUAAUAACAACCUAUAUUAAAAAUUCCAUAAAUAGAUGGAGUAUUAGCUAAAAUACAUUUUGGUGUUGAAAUUUUAAAUAACCGUCAAUCCGUUGACGAGAAAUUCCAGUUUUAAGUUUUGGUUGGGGGAAAGUAGUGGAGCAUCAUUUGUGUGGUGGUACAGCACAGUGUUAAGAAUGUACCACUACUCUCCCCAGACUAAAACAUAAAAGUGGAAUAUCUUGUCAAUGAAUUGAUGCAAAUUAAAAAUUUAAACACCGACAUUUAUUUUAACUAUUGUGAUCGUUUUCUAUGUAUAAAAACAUUCUGUCAGACAAUAAGAUCAUUUUCACUACUGAAAAUCUUGCAAAAUACAUGGAAAUUAAUUUUAAAAUUUGUUUUAUUCAAUUGUACAACUAAUUCAUAUUAAUUUUUGUUUCUAUUUUCUUCUAAAAAAUAAAUAUGCGUCACAUUUGCUUUUUUAAAACAAUUGUGUGCUUUUUUUGUUAUUUAUUAUGCAAUCCGAGCCCUAAUCAUAAUUACAUUUUAACAUUGUAUUACUUACAUCAUAUUAUAUUCAAUAGAU